AUGGCGGCUGCUGCGUGCAGUACGCAGAGCACACUGAACCCGUGCACUGGCAAACUGCACAGAGAGCAUCUGCGGAAAAGUAAAGAUUCGCGGAGGAGACAAGCUGCGCUUUUCUUUCUCACUAAUAUAUCCUUGGACGGACGUCCUGUGCGGAACAAUGUGAGCGCAGCGGGCCCAAGUGAUGCCGAGUUUCAGUGCUCUGACAUCGGCGCGACUGUGAGCGAACUGUCCGCUGCGGCGAGUAGCGAUGGGACCUUUUCCAGCUUCCCGGUCCCCAGACUCGGGCUGCUCAACGUCCCGCCCAUCCUGGUUCUGCCGUCGGAUUCUGGGUUCAGAAACACCGAGAUGUUCUUGGAGAGGGAGAGGGGCUCGUUCUCCUCGCAGAGCAAUCUCCUGUCCCCGUGCGGUCUGCAACCCUCUCCGCUCGGAGCGCGGAAGUCUCCGACGCUGCUGUCAGUGCAGAGCUGCGGCUCUUCGCUGGAGUCUCGACCGCGGAGUCGGAACCCAUCUGGUUCUCCUCGUCCACGCUCAAUGAAGAAAGUCCACUUUAUUAAGAACAUGAGGCAGUACGACACCAGGGGCAGCAGGUGUGUUUAUUCACUUCUCUGUUGGUUGUUCUCUGUGAGAUCUGGCCUCAUUCCAUCGUAUGGAGAGAGCUUUCACAUCAGUGAUCCUCGUCUGGAUGCUCAGCGGCGGAGGCACUCAUCUGGAGGAAUAUCCACCACCCUAGAGAUGCUUCCCGGGCUGGAGGGGGUGGAGCUGGACAUGUACGGCAGGACGGUGUCGUACGCUCAGUUCCUGUACCCCACUAACGCUCUGGACUGCCACAAGCCCUCAGUGGAUCUUGCUCUACCCAUGCCCUAUUCCAGAAACAGCAUCCCUUGUAGUUAUCCUCCCUCUCGCCUUAACAGCACCGUCGGCCUGGACCUGGGAAACGUUAAGCCAAAAAGAAAAAUUCUUCAAUAUUUACUCACCCUGGCAGGUGACAGACGUCUCAUUUUAGUACAGACAACCGUAAUAGAGUACGUCAAACCGUCAGAUCUGAAGAAGGACAUGAAUGAGACCUUUAAGGAAAAAUUCCCCCACAUCAAACUCACACUGAGCAAAAUCAGAAGUUUGAAGAGAGAAAUCCGUUCAGUGGGAGAGGAGUCUUCUUUGCAGCCGGUCACCAUAGCCAUGGCAUUUGUGUACUUCGAGAAGCUGGUCCUACAGGGGCGUCUCAACAAGCAGAACAGGAAGCUGGUGGCGGCUGCAUGCCUCCUACUCGCCGCCAAGAUCAGCAGCGACCUGAAGAAACAAGAGGUCAAACAACUGAUUGACAAAUUGGAGGAGAGGUUCCGGAUUAGUCGUCGGGAGCUGAUUGUUUUCGAGUUCACCAUCUUGGUGGCUCUAGAAAUGGCACUUUACCUACCGGAGAGUAAAGUCAUGCCCCACUACCGCAGGCUGGUGCAGCAGACCUGACGUGGGUAGAGCGGAGGCUCAGGGCCGUCGUGAAUAUGCAGAUGAGAUGCGUAAAGCAGCCAAAAGUGUGGGACUCUGCGUUCCCGCCAUUGCAGUUUGAGGUAUCAGAGCGAAUACACAUCAACACGAAGCUCUAAGGAAGAACUGACGUUCCAAAUUAUGCUUUUUAUAGCAAUCUGGCCAGCAGCAUUUUUUUUUUUUUUUUCAUGGCUGUCUGUUUUUGUGACCACCGUGGGAAUACUGCUGAGAAAAACAGCACGGAUCUUCUUUUAUUGAAAACAGAAGGAUUUAACACUCAAACGUCAAGGGAAGAGUUUAACUCCUAAAAUGUACAAGUGUGCAUGCAUGUUUUUAACAUUCCUUAUCUAUUUACCAAAAAUAACUUUUAUUUAAUUUAGACCUGUCCUUUUGUAUAGAACAACCUAGCAUUCACUGU